CUUUGCACACUUUUUGCAACCCUUCGCCUGCCACUAUCUUCACAUAUUCGCCAGCUGCAUAGACAUGAAGGCAGAAGACGCGAUCCUAGGGGUGUUUCUAGCCACAUAUUCGUCCAAGGGCGAUCACCUGCCUCUUCGUUAUCCGCUAACACAGUUCGACUACGAGUACGCCAAGUCAGUUUUAAGCGAAAAUGAAGCGGCUGAAGCACGCAAGCGUAGCACCCGGCUCAGCAAGGAGGGCAGCAUUGAUGCUGGUGAAUCGCACGACAAGAGCGCAGUCGAGACAGCGCACACAGACGGACGGAUAAAAGACGGCAUGGCGUCACGCAACGACAGCUAUACAUCGAUUGCUACGGCAAUGACACAGCCCAAGCCAGCACCAAAGGACGCAAGGACGAGCGAAAGCGCCAGUAGCGUGCGGCAGUUCACCGGCGGGGCACUGGCUGCCGAGCUUGGGAGCGAGGGCGAUCGGAGACCAUGCAUGGAGCAAUCGAUGCACGGGUUCGAGACAAAGUUCCUAGCACAGCUGUUCUCGCCCAAGCCGUCGAUGAGCGAUCAGCGGUUCCAGGUGGCGAUAGACAAGGUUCUGUUUGUGGGCCAUCCUCUGCGCGACGACCCCAAUGAGCGGGCACAGGAUCCUGAUUACUAUGACACGGAGCAGGACGAAGCCGACUCGAUGUCACGGUUUGCAUCGAUGACGGAUUUUGACGGGUGGAAGGUCAAGUCCGAUAUGAUGGUGGGGCGGGCGUCGCGACAUCAUGGCACAAAGCUGCUCGCGGAUCUGGGGCUGUUGAAUCUGAUGAUGCACCGGGAGCCGAGCGAGGCCGGAGACAGCGCGAUAUCAGAAGGGGAGUGGGCUGUACGUGACAGCAAAGAAUGGAAGCGACGCGGGUACCGCAAACCGCGGUACGACUCGCUGUUCCAUAUCGUGUUCAUGCUGGACAACACGGCCCCUGGGGUCGAGACACUGGCCAAUCUGCUGUAUGGGCAUGUGUUGAAGCGGCUCACAAAGGCGCUGCAGAUCGAGCAGAAUGGUGCAAACUAUGUGCUGACAGAGUCGCGGGUUAUUCGCAGCCUCAAUGACAUGGCCCUGAAGGACAGGUACACGUCGGCCAGGUACAUCCAGGAGUUGGUUGCAAGGUCCUCGCUAGCCUGCGAUCUGAUCAAGCUGUACAACGGCCUGCGCAACAGCGAGUUGGUCAACCUGCACAUUCACAAGCGGAUCAUGGUGUCGCUGCAGAUUCCCAGCGGACCGGGACUCAACCGGCCAGUGCCGACAGCACGGCCACGAGCAUUCUUCAACUCGGGAUACGGCCAGACUGGACACAACAGCAACAAUCUUGUUGAUCGCAGCAAUGUUGUGUCCCUGGCUACCACACCGCGGCCAGCCACGCCGUCAGAAAGCACACCAGGCAGCGCGCUCGACAUAUCUGCUGCCAGCCAGCUGCAGCUAAGCCAGAGAUUAGAUGCAUUGCGACAGGUAUCCCAAUCAGUGGCCCCACCAGUGCAGGAGUACUGGGGGCCAGCACUGUUUGCGCCGAGUCAGAGCGGCGACAUCGGAUUCAACUACGAGUCGAGCGGUGCAAUGGCGCAUGGCUUGCCAGCGAAGCCGUGGACACACACGCACCAGGGCAAGGGCAUGGCACGUGGGGCGGUGGAACAGGCUGAUGUCAUUGUCACUGGACGCGAGCUGCGCGAGCACCAGCACGGGCUCUACCCACGGAUCAAGCCGUACCAUGCAAUUUUGCUGCUUGGCGACACCAACACCCUUCGCCGACAGCUCUUGUUUGCCGAUGCGUCGCCCACGCUAGUGGCGGUUAUUGAGCGUGCAACGCCGAAUAAGACGCUGGCAAUGCUGCACACGCUGGUAGGACUGCUCGUUUGCGCAGCUGUGCCGGCUGGUUGCUCACCUGAUCUAUUGGAAUGUCGCACGGGUCGUGUGCCCGGUCAAUUUGGGCCACACGUACACUCCGACGCUCAAGCAGCUGACGCCUGCACUGAUAAGCCAGUUCAACAGCCAAGGCUUCCACCUGUGCUCGCUGCCCAAGCUGCUGGCGCUGCUGCACUUGCCACGUCCAGCAAUCCAUGUGCUCGACGCACUGGGCUUGAAUGACAAGCCAAAGCCGAGCAGCUCGGCCAAGGACGACGGCGGGCGGGACCAGAUCCGGCACGAGCGACGGGCGGAGCUGCGGGAGAUCGUUGUGUUUCUGUUACGGCAGGGCGCGAUCGCCCAGUUCCAUACAUGGCCGGUGCUGCUGGUGCCCAACUAUGUAAAGUUUGACCUCGACCAGGAGCAGU